CCAUGGACCGAGCCCAAUUACGUUUCAUGGGCCGAGCCCAACUACGUUCUGUUAAAUCCCAUUGCCAUUCAUGACGUCAGACAAGAACCCAGAAAAGAAAAAUGGGCGUUGUUGGAAGGCGUGCCUGAUCCGUCGUCAUCUCAAACUCUGUUCCCAUCUUGUCGGCGAAGAAAAACAGAGCACACAAGGAAGAAGAAUGGGGAGCAACGACGAGCUCAUGUCGGAGGCUUUGCUGGAGCUGAUGAAGCAGCACCUCAACACCGACGCCGGAAAAGCCAUCGUCGAGAAGAUCGGUUUCGUUUAUCAGAUCAACAUCGCACCCAAGAAAAUUGGGUUCGAUGAGGUGAUUUAUACCAUUGAUUUUAAGAAAGGGGAGGUCAAGAAAGGGGCGUAUGAAGGAGGAAAGGCGGAUGCGAUAUUUUCGUUCAAGGACGAGGAUUUCGUGAAGAUUGCGCUGGGGAAGAUGAAUCCGCAGAUUGCUUUCAUGAGGGGCGCCAUGAAGAUUAAGGGCAGCUUGAGCGCGGCCACCAAAUUCACACCUGACAUAUUCCCCAAGCCUUCCAAGAUGUGACUCACUACUUGGCUCCAAUAAGUUUCUGAAAUACUUGAAGACGAAUUUUAGGUAGAAAUCCAUUUGAGGAAAGCAACAUACUGUCUCAAUAAGCUGCCUCAUGUUGAUGGCUUAGAAUCUGUAUUUGCUUUUCAGUUGCAUAUUAAAUCUGUCUACUGCCUCUUGUUAUGUUUA